AGUAAGUUUCUGACGGACCAGCGGGUGACCCCUGCUCCCGGCGUCCAUCGCACACACACCGCACGUUUUGUCGUGACCUCAGGCUGUCUCAGGACGUACAGCACCAAUGCACGCCUCUCAAUACUGACAACUUAUGCAAGCCGGUGGAAAAAUCAGUGAAAAAAAAACUUAAAAAGACGGACUUUUAUCUCUUCGGUUUGCGUUGCUGAUCGCAGCAGGCAGUGAACGGCGGGCUAGCAGGCACCAUGGCCGGAAUCGAGGAGCUCUCCCCCUCCGCGGGCCUGGUUUCAACCCGGCCACCCGAGGACGAGAUUGAAGAUGAUGACGAUGAAGAUCUGGAUGAGACACUGGUGGAGCGGCUGUGGGGUCUGACAGAGAUGUUUCCUGACACGGUGCGCAGUGCCGCCGAGGUGUCAGCGCAGUGCUCUGUCUCGCUGGUCAAGAAAUUGUACAGUUUCUCCCGCUCUGCGCUCUGGGUGGGCACUACCUCCUUCAUGAUCUUGGUGCUUCCUGUUGUGUUUGAGACGGAGCGGCUACAGCUGGAGCAGCAGCAGCUACAACAGCAGAGACAGAUCCUGCUGGGGCCCAACACCGGGAUGUCUGGUGGGAUGCCGGGCAUGAUGCCUCCCGCUCCGGGCAAGAUGUGACGAAUGCGGAGGCCCAACCCAAGCCUGAGAGCUGCUGUCAGCGGUGGAGAGGGGCAGCUCCCAAGGAGAGACAGAGAGACCCGGGAGAAAGGCAAAGAAAAACGGAAAAGGCUGCGCAUUGGUCGUGCUCGUUCCUGCGUCGACGGUCAGCUGAUCAGACGGGAGGAGGAAGAAGAGGAGGAUGUGUUAAUUAUCACCGCUCUCUCGCUGUCUCUCCUUACUCCACCAUCUUGCAGAGACUGAUUUCCUGGAGCACUGUCCUAAUUUCCUUUCUUUUCUUUUCUUUUCUUGUUUUUUAAUAUAUGCUUAUAGCGAUAUAAAUUCUGUGUGUUCCUUAGGGGACAGAAGGUACAGGUGGAUAGCUCUACAAAAAGGGGGUGUACAAGAGGUUUUUGUAUGUGUUUGCAGUCUGAGUAAUGAUCACGUAGACGUUACUGUUAUUGGAAUUAUGCUUUUGAAAGCAUCAAAACUCUCUGCCCGUUAUCAGAUGUCGGCUGGUUCCACUUGUAACGUGUAACAACUGUAAGAGAACAUCUGACAGAACAGUCCUACUCAUUGUGAGAGGUGCAACACACACAACGCAGCAGAUAGAAAGGUGAUGUACACAUUGUGUUGUUGCACCUCCUUAUACUCAAUGACACUCUUGCCUUUUCUACAUGGUGCAUUUCUGUCUGUCCAUUUGUGAUGUUCCACCAUAGCAUGGUAUAACAAAAUCUGACUUGCCUAGUAAUUGUAAUUUAACAUGUCUACUGGUUUAAUCCACUCUGUACAACUCCUGGCGAUCCUGUUACUUCAGGCAUUGCACAAUGCAGUAAAUUCCAGAUAACAUGCAGUUCUCUAAAGACAAAUCCACAGAAAGUUUUUACAUGUCAGUGUUUGACAAUAUGCAAAAGAGAAAGAAAAAUCUUCUCUUAGCGUCAGUGAAAACCAAUCUGAUCGAUACAGUAACCGCCGAUUAACGGGCAGCCCGUCAUUCUGUCAUUUUGAGACAGGAAAUGCCUCAUGUCAAGUCUUUAAAAUGUGUGGAUUUUGUUAUGAAGUUGGAUAGUAAAUGUCUCGACAUUCCCCCUCACAUGUCCAGUUUUAAGAGAAUGUCAUUUCCUUUACUGUGUUGUCCAACGUUUGGAAUUUACAAUCUCUUACCUCUGCACAUCAUGUCUGUUUUCAACACGACUACGCAAAUUAAAACACGUAUGACAUGGAAAGCCCUGUGUGAA